CAUAGCAUGCUCGGAAACAUAUUGUUCUAGGUAAUGCACGUGUCAAAAAUGAAGGUCACAUCUCUAAGUAUGAAUUUGUGAAAUACAUGUAACAGUCCUGUAAAAAAGGAAUAUUUGUGUCACGAGGGGAUUUUUAAAAAAACAUUUGUUUUGAUCCGUUGAUUUCUAUAGUGAAAACACAUUAUACCAAAAUUUUAGAGUUAUCUCUCUUUGUUUUCCCAAAUAAGUAAUGUUUUAUGAAAUUCCAUAUCAUUAUCUAAAAAAAUUAAAAAUAUUAAAAAUUUAUCGAAUGUGUUAACUUUUGAAAAUUGAAUUGGAGGUAGGCGGGAGAACAAUACUAUCGUUCGCAGAUCUUACACUAAUAUAAAGGUCUCUCUAUGUAUGUGUGUGUACAUGUAUGUUUUGUGUCGUGUGGUUGACAGGGGUUCGAGGAAAUUUUAGACAAAUUAAUCGAACAUUAAAAUCAAUGCGAGGAGAUUUUUAGUAGACAUUUCAUCAUUUAUCAUAUCAGGUAUCGCUGAAAGAUUACUAGUAUGCAAUAAAACAAAUAGUGUUAAGUCGUAAGUGUCACUAUCGAUAUCACAAACUCUUUUAAAUCCAUAUAUUAUCAUGGAAUUGUUAAUUAAAAUUAUAUACCCUGCAAAUGUAAUCGUUUUUAAUUAAAAUAAAAAAAAAAACCCACUUCAAUACUAUUUGAUUGAAAAACGAACAAAAAAUUAAUAGAGAGUAAAUGUAUUCUGACUAUCCUAAGUCUGAUGUUGUGAAUCCAUAAUUAUUUAUUUGAUAAAAUGCUGAUAUUUCAUUCAAAAAUAGGAAAGGCACAAACAAGAGAGUUGACACAUCCGAACGGAGUUGGGUUUGAGGUUGUAGAUGAGCUUGUAGCUCCACUAUAUGGAAAGAACCACCAUGUUUUUGUUGACAACUUUUUUGGAAGUCCAACACUUUGCGACCAUCUGCACCAAAAUCAGACAUACCUAACCUCAACUGUGAGAGACGCAAGAAAAGGUAUGCCCAGAUCCUUUCGCCAAACAAAGGUUCAGAAGGGAGAUAUGGUGGCAAAACAGUCUGGUCCUGUGAUGGCAAUGAAAUACGGAGACAGAAAAAACAUCACCUUGAUAUCUACUUACGGAACCCCAAUUUUGGAGGAAAAUCAAAAUAGCAGAGGUGUUGCCAAGCGGCUGCCCAAUGUUGUCAAUCUGUACAACAAGUACAUGGGAGGAGUCGAUCUAGCAGAUGCUAAGGUUCAGACCUAUGACCCAGACAUCCGGUCUUUAAAAAUGUGGAAAAAAAUUCUCACAAACAUUCUCCUGCGCAUCGUUGUGAAUAGUUACAUAAUCUACCAACAAAAUAGAGGUUUAAGAAGGAAAAUGUCAAGGCUGGAGUUUACUAUGAAACUGUGCCAGGAACUUGUUGGGGAAUACAGAGCCGGGGGUCAAAGAUCAGGACCAGCCCAGUGCAUAGAGCGCUUGACAGCCCGACACUUUGUCGAUUACGCCCCUGACGGUAAAAGAGGGAGAUGCAAGGUUUGCACAAAGAAAACAAGAUUCAUGUGCGCUGACUGUGACGCAGCCCUCUGCGUAGGCCAAUGCUUCCGGGUAUUUCAUACCCAGAGGUAUUUCCGGGAGCAAUAGCUGCUCCAUGCAAACGGACGUGUACAUCAUCGUGUGUCUUUGUGAACAUGAACAUUAGAUCUACAUGAUGACUGUAAUGAUGUGACAGAUUCAACAGCACACACCUUCCGUCUUUCUUUCUGGCUUUGAAGACUUAUAUGAAAUUUCCGUAUUUCUGCUUGAAAUUUAAAAAAAUAUAUAUACCAAUUAUAUAAAUUAUACAGAUAUAAAAAUACAGUUAAAGCGGGAACUUAUUAGUUUUUUAUCGAUUGUAUUGAUUUUUAAAAUAUGCCCGAAAUAAAUAAUUACUUAGGAAGUACACUGCUGCAACGGGGAUUUCAUUGAAAGUUUUAAGAUGUAAGUUUACGUUAUUAGUAUUUAACACGUGCACUGUUUAUCAUAUAAAACUUAAAAUUACUAGGGUUACAGUCCACUUUACCUUGACCUUCGACCUACUUUUCAAAAUAUAUUGCAGAGGGUUGAAUUUAAUUUAUC